GUUUAUCUUAUUCUAAAUAAUUUAGUAGUCACUAUCGUACUAUAUUUAACGACUAUUUAUAAGCCAGUCCUACAAGAAGCUGUUUCCAUCCUUGUUUAGAAAUAUUGUCAAUAAAAAUGGAAGGAUAUGAGAAUGAAUAUGAGCAAAUCAUAAGGGGAGGGUCAUCAUCAUUAGCAGCUUCUAUUGUUUAUUGUCAAGCCGAUGAUUGCACGGCUGACUUGACGGAGGCCAAGCGAUAUCACCGCCGUCACAAAGUGUGUGAGUUCCAUGCCAAAGCUCCGGUGGUCAUUGUUAACACUAUUCAUCAAAGAUUCUGCCAGCAGUGUAGCAAGUUCCAUGAACUAUCAGAGUUCGACGACACAAAGAGAAGCUGCAGGAGCCGUUUAGCAGGACAUAACGAAAGGAGACGGAAGAACUCAUCAUCCCGUGAUGUUUUUGAAGAUAACUCUUCUUCAAGCUAAUAACAUAAAACAAUCAACACAAACAAAAGGAGACAUAAAAAAACUGCUAAUUAUCAUCGGAGAAUAAUGAUUCAGUACUAAACCAUUAUUAUACAAUAAUCAAAAUGGUUUUAUUCCAAGUAGUGAUUAUAUAAAUUCCAUCAUUAGCUACUAUUAUGCUCUCUACCUUCUGUCAAAUCCUAUUUUACCGGCCAGGCCAGGCCCGGCCCCUUUCAUCUUUUUUUCCUGCGUGCAGAAUAAAUUCCCCAGUCGUAUAGUAACUGAUCGUCACAUUAUUUAUUCAGGUUAAUUUUUCACUUCCCUCAUGAUAUUGCAUAAUAAAGUCAUAAGGUUUCCUGUACCCUUUUUCGAGUUAGUGAUGUUUUUAUACGUGAUUAAUCUCCAUGCAUAAUUUAUUUAUAUAAUUGGGAUGCAUGCUUUUUUCUUUCUCAUACCAUUUCUAGCUUGUUUUUCGUGAAAUUUCGUUAUGUAGCGUUUAGAAAUAAGUAUUUCAUU